UAUUGGCCAAUCAGCGAUAUUCUUGACACGCCCCUUGAAUAUUCGUUUUUGGUGACUGAAUGCGGGUCGGAGAGUAAACAGUUCCAAUAAAUUUUUCAUUGAUUUUGUAAUUUUUAUUAAUUAAUGGUCUGAUUGACGUCCACCAAAUUCUUCAAUAAUUUAAAAUGACGGAACAGCAAAUGGAUUGUGCAUUAGAUUUAAUGAGAAGAUUACCACCUCAGCAAAUUGAAAAAAAUUUAAGUGAUUUAAUAGAUCUUGUGCCAUCUCUUUGUGAAGAUCUUUUAUCCUCUGUCGAUCAACCCUUAAAAAUUGCAAAAGAUAAAGAAUCUGGAAAGGACUAUUUACUUUGCGACUACAACAGAGAUGGCGAUUCCUAUAGAUCUCCAUGGAGUAAUACAUAUGAUCCACCAUUAGAAGAUGGCUCAAUGCCUUCUGAAAGACUUAGAAAAUUAGAGAUAGAUGCAAAUCAUGCAUUUGAUCAAUACAGAGAACUCUACUUUGAAGGUGGAGUUUCUUCUGUCUAUUUGUGGGAUUUGGAUCAUGGUUUUGCAGCAGUAAUAUUGAUUAAAAAAGCAGGUGAUGGCUCAAAGAAAAUUAAAGGUUGCUGGGACUCAAUUCAUGUAGUAGAAGUUCAAGAAAAAUCCAGUGGAAGAAUUGCACAUUAUAAAUUAACUUCUACUGCAAUGCUUUGGUUACAAACUAAUAAACAUGGUUCUGGAACAAUGAAUCUUGGUGGAAGCCUUACAAGACAGGUUGAACAAGAUGCCCAAAUAAGUGAGAGUUCUCCACAUAUUGCUAAUAUUGGUCGCAUGGUUGAAGAUAUGGAAAAUAAAAUUCGAAAUACUUUAAACGAAAUUUACUUUGGGAAAACAAAAGAUAUUGUAAAUGGUUUAAGGUCUGUUCAAUCUCUAGCUGAUCAAAGACAACAAGCUGCCCUCAGACAGGAUCUCGCGGCCGCAUUGCAAAGGAGAAAUGCCAAUAAUUGAUCUUGUGAGGAAGAUCAGCUUUCCUUCGAUUUUGAGGAAUGUCAUUAAAAAAAGAAAGAAAUAAAAGAGAAAUCGUAAAUGAUGAAAUUAAGAUUCAAAUUGUUACAGUUACUGUGACGUGAAUUUUGGACAGUUUCCUGUGAUAUGCAGGGUGCAACGGUAAAGAUGAAUUUUUCCUGAAAUAUUAAAGAAUUAAAGAAAAUAAAUAAUUGAAUA